UCUUCAUCCUUCUUCCAUAUAGUUUCUUUCUGAAUAUAUUUUUUUUCUGAAACACGUCAAAAUGUCUUCCAAGACUUUCCUUCUUCUUGCACUUGUUCUGGCCACUAUUCUUUUCAUUAGCUCCGAAAUGGCUGCAGCUAAGAACCUGGAGUCCAACAAUCACAGUGAGGUAGAAGAUGCAAAGUAUGGUGGUGAUGACCGAGGAUACAACAACGGUGGUGGAGGUUACAACAAUGGUGGUGGAAGAUACAACAACGGUGGUGGAAGAUACAAUAACGGUGGUGGACGAUACAACGGUGGCGGCGGCCGUGGAGGAGGAUAUUGUAGAUAUGGUUGCUGUGGUGGUGGACGUUACUACAAUGGAGGGUGCAGGUGUUGCAGCACUUAUGCAGAGGCAACUGCAUACAAACAAGCUCAUGAGGCCCAAACUCACAACUGAUAUAAGCAUUUAAGCUCUAUUUCACUAUGUGUAGUAUAUACCGGCCUUAGUGCUUAUGUUUUAUAAGUGUCGUUGUAUGGUUUUCUGAUGAUGUGUGAACUUAAUAAUUCUAUAAUGAAAAUAUUAAAAUACCUUUGUA